AUGCCUUUGUUUCGCAAAAAGCACAAAUCCCCGUCGCCUGCUGCAUCUCCCGCCUUUCGUUCGGUCGAGCAACUGACCGUACCCCCUCCGUCCACCGGUUCGUCACCUCGUGUUCCUCCUGAAGAUCUUGCGUUUUAUCAGCGCUUCUCCGACCAUCGCCUCCCCACUUCUCCUGCGGACCCGCCAGACAACUCGUAUUGUCAACAACACCACCAACAACCACAACAACAACACGACCAUCCCCAUCCCCAUCAGCUAUAUCAUCAGAAUCAUCAGAAUCAUCAGAAUCAUCCUGAUCAUCAGAACCAUUCCGAACAUCCACCUUCGUAUCAAUCGACAAUCACUCGGUCGCAAAGCCAUCACUCUCCCACUCUGCUCAACUCGUCCAGCGUGGACAGGGCGUCUGAGCAACCGGCUUUGGCCCCCGUCGCUCACAAUAGCAAUAAACAGGAUCCGCCACAAAAGCCCCGCAGGAAACUAUUCGGCCUACACUCCUCCUCGUCCUCGUCCUCGUCGACAGGCUUCUUGGAACGCAGCCUAUCCGUCAAAGGUACUUCCUCGUCGCAGUCGUCCCGCCAGCGACGGCAUCAGCAACAACUGUCACUAGACACCCAUCGAACGCAUCGCGAUCGAGAUCAUCACAAGAGUCCCCGAAAUAUCCAUUACCAUUCCUCGUCCGAGACAGUGCCCGAGGACCAUGUGGUAGACCCGAACCUGGGUAGCUCACAGUCUCUCCUCAUGCAGCAGGACACGACAUCAGCUCAUCAGCGACCUCCCCGUUCCCCGCAGCACCCGCCUUCCAUUCAGCGAUCCAACACCGAUCCUAGCCUUCUCGAGAAAUUAUACAAUUCGUCACCUGUGGACUCGGUUUCUAGGCAACCUGUCGACCCUUCCCACGUCAUCUCUAAUCAGUCACAGACGCAUUUACAGCAGCAGCAGCAGCAACAGUCGCCUGUUUCCCAACUUCAAGUGGAGCCACCGUUGAGUGCACGACCUCCAUCGCGACAGUCCGUGGGGCCGCCCUCUCCGUUGCCCCCAUUCUCCCAUCAACCGGAUCUGCACGCAUCCUGCGCCAACCAGAGCUGCAUGGCUUCAUCGUCGGACCGACCGGCCGGUCCCCCACAGACGCAGCCUCAAGGUCACCCGUCCUUCCAAGGUGGCAGUCAGCCGAACGCCACAGAGUCGGGGCGCAGCACGCCUCCUGUCAAUUCGAGCAGACGAGAUGAUCUGGGCGAGAUCGAUGUGCGAGCUUUGCUUCAAAAGCAUGAUGAACUCCAGGCCAAGUACUCCAAAGUGAAGCGGUACUAUUUCGAGAAAGAUGCUCAGGUGCAGCAACUGCAGAAUACUGUGGCUCAUCAGCGCAUGGCCGUGUCCCGAACGGUCCUCGACGAUAACGAAUAUGUAAACCGGUUCGCGCGGCUUGAUGGCGCCAUCAAGGACCUGGCCUUUUCCAUUCGAAGAGACUGGAAGAGCCUGCCCACCUGGUUGUCUGGCCAUGUCAAUGAGGACGCACACGCAACCGGCAUGAAGGAAAUGACGGCCAUUGGCCGCGCGACGAUGAGCCGAUGGCUGGUGGAAGAGAUCUUUGAGCGGCAUUUCCAUCCAGCUCUGGAACCGAACUUGAGCAUGCAGCUCAAGAGCAUCGAGAUGAACCUGCGCCGGCAACAGACCAAGGCCUACACGGACGAGGAUCGCGAGAAUGCGAUCGCGCGGAUCUCCAACUGGCGCCGAACGACAUUUGACGGCCUCACGGACUCGCUGCAGGGCAAAGCCGCGGAGGAAAACCGGGCGCAGCUCAUUGAUCAUCUCGUGGAGAAAUUUGUCGCGUGUCUGGAGAUGAACCUGUGUGAGCCUCCGCCGGCGGGGCUCGAGAACGGCGCACGGAUGAUCGUGGAGAACGCCGUGAGCAUUUCGGAGAAGAUCCCGCUGGAGUCGCGCGACAUCUGUGUCGAGUACUUCAUGCCGGGGACGCUGGUGCCCCCUACGCGAGGCUCGAUCGAGCACGAGGGCGCUCACGAAGGAUUUGUCGAGGAUGGCGACGGCGAGUCCGUGCCCCCGUCGGGCGGUAGCAACUCGAUGGAUGGGGCAUCCGGGGCAGCAGGAUCCACCCCCGGACGCGAACAGCGCAUGAGAUCGGUGUUCAACACGUUGAUGGGCAAGCGGCAGGUCCCGGCCGUCGAGGCGAGCCACGGCGGCAAGGAGAUGAAAGAGCCGGUGGAGGAACGAAGCGGCGGCCGGAUCCGAUUUGCCUCGUUCCUGAGCGCAGAAGUACGCGGGAGAGGACCUACGAAUGUAUUGGUCAAGGCGCCUGUAUAUUUGAUAUGA